CCCUCUUCAGCUCUCUCCUUCCUUCUCCGCCUCCUCAGCGCUCGGGCUAGAAUAUCUAUGGGGCGAAACGUGAUGCGAUGAAUCUGAGAGAGACCGAAACUGGGACGCGGAACGCGGCGGAAGCGGCGAGACGCCGGGGCCGGGUCAUGGGGGCUUCGCCACAAUAGAGGCGCCCCCUCCCCCUUCAGAGCGAACUCCCCCAAAUCUCCUGGUCACAGGAUGGCGGCGGAGGCAGCGGCCCCGUCUCAGAUCGAAGCCGAACUGUAUUACCUGAUCGCCAGGUUCCUGCAGUCCGGACCCUGCAAUAAAUCUGCUCAGGUGCUAGUGGAGGAGCUGGAGGAACACCAGCUGAUCCCGAGGCGCCUGGAUUGGGAGGGGAGAGAGCAUCAGAGAAGCUUCGAAGAUCUGGUGACAGCCAAUGCACACAUUCCUCCAGACUACCUCCUUAAAAUUUGUGAGCGGAUUGGGCCCCUCUUGGACAGAGAGAUCCCUCAGAGUGUCCCUGGGGUAAAGACUUUGCUAGGCGUUGGCCGGCAGUCUUUGUUGAGAGCAGCAAAAGACUGUAGGAGUGCACUGUGGAAUGGCUCUGCUUUUGCAGCACUCCACCGAGGCCGCCCUCCAGAGCUGCCGGCAGACUAUAUGAGAGCACCAAAUGUGGUAACGAUCACUUCUGCCAGACAGUUAACUGGAUGUGGUCGCUUCAGCCAUAUAUUCCCCUCAUCUUCUUACCAACAAAUGAAGAUGCACAAGAGAAUUCUGGGUCACUUAUCAUCUGUCUACUGUGUAGCAUUUGACCGAAGUGGGAGAAGAAUUUUCACAGGUUCAGAUGACUGUUUGGUAAAAAUCUGGGCUACUGAUGAUGGACGCCUCCUCUCUACACUACGAGGCCAUUCUGCCGAAAUUUCUGACAUGGCCGUCAACUAUGAAAACACACUUCUUGCCGCCGGCAGCUGUGAUAAAGUGGUCAGAGUAUGGUGUCUCCGAACCUGUGCGCCAGUUGCUGUCCUUCAGGGGCAUUCAGCUUCUAUUACUUCCAUACAGUUUUGCCCAGCAAGGAAAGGAACAACCCGUUACCUCACUUCAACUGGUGCUGAUGGGACAAUUUGCUUCUGGCAGUGGCACGUGAACACUCUGAAAUUCAAGGAUCGUCCACUGAAAUUUACUGAGAGGUCCAGACCUGGGGUUCAGAUUUCUUGUUCUUCUUUUAGUUCUGGUGGCAUGUUCAUUGUUACAGGUAGCACUGACCAUGUGAUUAGAAUAUAUUACUUGGGAUCAGAGUCCCCUGAAAAAAUUGCUGAGUUAGAGUCACAUACGGACAAAGUUGUUGCAGUUCAGUUCUGUAACAAUGGAGACAGUUUGAGAUUUGUUAGUGGAAGUAGAGAUGGAACUGCAAGAAUCUGGCAAUAUCAGCAACAGGAAUGGAAGAAUAUGGUGCUUGACAUGGCAACUAAAGCAACCGGGCACAAUAUAGCAAAUGAAGACAAAGUGACUAAGCUAAAGGUGACUAUGGUGGCUUGGGACCGAUAUGAUACCACCGUUAUUACAGCAGUGAACAAUUUCCUCUUGAAAGUCUGGAAUUCUAGCACAGGGCAGCUUCUUCAUAAUCUAACUGGACACGAUGAUGAAGUGUUCGUUUUGGAAGCACAUCCAUUUGACCAAAGGAUCAUGCUUUCUGCAGGUCAUGAUGGGAACAUUUUUAUUUGGGACCUUGACCGAGGAACCAAAAUUCGAAAUUAUUUUAACAUGAUUGAGGGCCAAGGCCAUGGUGCUGUAUUUGAUUGCAAGUUCUCACCAGAUGGGCAACAUUUUGCCUGUACAGAUUCUCAUGGACAUUUGCUGCUGUUUGGUUUUGGAUGCAAUAGAGACUAUGAAAAGGUUCCAGAUCAGAUGUUCUUCCAUACGGAUUAUCGGCCCCUUAUUCGAGAUGCUAACAACUACGUAUUGGAUGAACAGACCCAACAAGCCCCUCAUUUGAUGCCUCCCCCAUUUUUGGUGGAUGUGGAUGGCAAUCCUCACCCUACAAAAUUCCAAAGGCUGGUACCAGGCCGGGAACAUUGUAAGGAUCAACACCUUAUUCCACAACUGGGAUACAUUGCUAAUGGUGAUGGUGAAGUGAUAGAACAGGUGAUUGGUCAACAAACCACUGAUCAAGAUGGGCAUAUUCUUGAUGGAAUGAUCAGGGAACUGCAGAGAGAGCAGGACUUAAGACUGUUUAAUGAAGAAGGAAGUUCAUUUAUUCCUACUAAUAGACCAUAUUCUCUUAAUGGAGCUCUGAGAACUCCAAAUAUGGACUUUGCCUCUCCCUCAAAUAUUGGAUUCCGAACCAGUGCUCAGAUGGAAAGUGUCCAACCAACACAUGGUUCUUCUCGAAGUCAGGUGGCCACUCAGAGGGAUUUCAUGUCGUGGAGCCGAAGAGUAGUGGUUAAUGAACUAAAUCCUGGUAUUAGUCGGGUACAGGAAGAUUGCCGAGCUGCAAAAGGUGAAAGAGAAAUUAGUCUUUAUACUUUUGAAAAGAAAAGAAAGCCAUCUCAUACCAUCCAGAGGAAUGAUUUUCAACCUGGUAGUGGAAGAUCUUUACGAAGAACUCAGCGAAAGCGCCAACAUGCUUACCAAACACGCUCCACCAUAGAACAUAAUCCACAAGUACCAAGUCAAAAUGCAGUUGCCCAGGAAGAAUCAGAAAGCUCCUCAGAGGAAGAGGAAACUGGAGGCACUAGCGAUGCAUCUGCAGAUGAUGUGGUAGCCGAGUGGCAAAUGGAAAGCUCCUCCAGUGAUUCAUCGAGUGAUUAUUCUGAUUGGACAGCAGAUGCAGGAAUUAAUCUACAACCUCCGAAGAGACAAACCAGACAGACAACACGGAAAAUAUGUAUCAGUUCUGAGGAAGAGAAUUUGAAGGAUGCUAAAUCAUUAGAAGAAAAGAAAAAGAAACCAAAACAGACAAGAAAAAAGAAACCUAGUGGACUGCCUGCUGUACCAGGUGAACCCAGUGAAGAAUGGCUUGCACCCCAGUGGAUCUUGGACACCAUCCCACGACGUUCCCCAUUAGUUCCCCAGAUGGGCGAUGAGCUUAUAUAUUUUAGGCAAGGCCAUGAAGCUUAUGUGCGGGCUGUAAGAAAAGCAAAAAUCUACAGUGUUAAUUUACAGAAACAGCCAUGGAACAAAAUGGACCUCAGGGAACAAGAAUUUGUGAAGACUGUGGGAAUCAAAUAUGAAAUUGGACCACCUACACUUUGCUGCUUGAAGCUCGCAUUUUUGGAUCCCAUCUCAGGCAAAAUGACUGGAGAAUCUUUUUCCAUUAAGUAUCAUGAUAUGCCAGAUGUUAUUGAUUUCCUUGUUCUCCAUCAGUUUUAUAAUGAAGCCAAAGAAAGGAACUGGCAGACUGGUGACAGAUUUCGCAGUAUAAUAGAUGAUGCCUGGUGGUUUGGAACUGUGGAGAGUCAACAACCUUUCCAACCAGAGUAUCCUGACAGUUCCUUCCAGUGUUACAGUGUUCAUUGGGACAAUAAUGAGAGAGAAAAGAUGAGCCCCUGGGACAUGGAACCCAUUCCGGAAGGAACUGCCUUGCCAGACGAAGUUGGUGCUGGGGUCCCUGUAUCUCAGGAAGAACUGACUGCUCUCCUCUACAGACCCCAAGAAGGAGAAUGGGGGGCUCAUUCUAGAGAUGAGGAGUGUGAACGCAUUAUUCAGGGCAUUGAUCAUCUACUUACCCUGGAUUUUGCUAGCCCUUUUGCUGUUCCAGUGGACCUUAGUGCCUACCCCUUGUAUUGCACUGUAGUUGCUUAUCCGACUGACCUCAACACAAUUAGGCGGAGGCUUGAAAACCGGUUUUAUAGGAGAAUAUCAGCAUUGAUGUGGGAGGUACGAUACAUUGAGCAUAAUGCCAGGACUUUCAAUGAGCCCGACAGUCCUAUAGUUAAAGCAGCCAAAGUUGUAACUGAUGUUUUACUUCGCUUUAUUGGGGAUCAGAGUUGUACUGAUAUUCUCUCUACAUAUAAUAAAGUUAAGGCAGAAGAUUUAAUAAGUACCGAGGAAGAUGGGGACCAGGAGGUUAGCAAUGAGGUGGUAGAAGUGCCAGAUUUAGAUUCUGAUGGUCCUGGAACAUCCUCUGGAAUAACAGUAAGAUGCCCACCCAAAACUUCCAUCCAAGCAACUCCUGUUGAAUGGGUAAAACAGUGUAAAGAACUUUUGAGCCUCAUUUAUGAACGAGAAGACUCUGAGCCUUUUCGACAACCAGUUGAUCAGUUGUCUUACCCGGAUUAUCAAGAUAUUAUAGACACUCCUAUGGACUUCAGCACUGUGAAAGAAACUUUGGAAGCAGGAAACUAUGCCAGUCCUUUGGAAUUUUAUAAGGAUGUUCGCCUAAUAUUCACCAACUCAAAAGCUUAUACUCCUAAUAAAAAGUCAAGGUGUCAGAAGAGGAAACGGCCCCCGUACAGAAAACGUCUCCGGAGCAGCAGUAGUUCACCAAAUAGUAGCAGAGCAUCAAGUCCAAAAGGAAAACAGAAACAACUGAAGACAGAGUCUCAAAGUGACCCAAGUACCUCGCUGCCUUUGACCCGGACAAGCUCUUCUGUCUCAUCUCAUGGGCACUCUCUUGAAAUUGAAGUUUCAGAUCCUGGUGACGAUCCUGUUGGAUAUGUAGUUGAUGAAGCCCUUGAGGGACAGAGUUCAUCAUCAAAUUCAAAUGCACAAAGCGGAAGUGGAGAUAGUUCGGUUCCAAGGAAAGGUACAUCGUCCCGGGGUAAAGUUACACCAGUUGAAAGAGAUCAGUCCCAUGAUGAGCCUCUUACAAAUGGUAAUGGAAAAGAGCACCGGAAAGGAGUGAAGAGAAAAUUACUCCCUCCAUCAGAAGAUGAAGAAGAGGGAGAGAAAAGAGGUACAAAAGAGAAAACAUGUUUAUCUUCAUCAGAGAGUGGGGAGUCUAGUUCAAGUUCUGAAAGUUCAUGUUGCUCUGAUUCAGACUCUGAUUCAAGUUCCAGAACAGACCGUGAUUAUGUAGAGGGGGACCAUGACUACAGCAAAGUUAUUCAUACCAGACCUAAAAGAAAGCUCAGAAAGGAUCUUGCCAGUGGAAAAAGACCUUGGAAGACCAGAGGAGCUGGAGGAAGAGGUAGAUGGGGCCGAUGGGGCCGAUGGAGCAGAGGAGGAAGAGGAAGAGGAAGCAGAGGUCGUGGGAGUAGAGGAAGAGGAAAUGGAGCAAGGGGGAGAGGAAGAGGAAGAGGAGGAGGAGGAGGAGGAGGAGGAGGAGGAGGAGGAGGAGGAGGACCCUCCAGAGGAAGCUCUCGAGCCAAACGUGCACGCGUUGCAGAAGAUGAAUUUGACAACAUGUUUUCAGGUCGAUUUAGUAGACUGCCUCGAAUUAAAACAAGAAACCAAGGCAGGAGAACUGUUUUGUAUAACGAUGAUUCCGACAAUGACAGCUUUGUUCCCACUGAAGAUCCAUUGAAUCUUGGUACGUCCAGAUCAGGUAGAGUACGGAAGAUGACAGAGAAGGCCCGAGUCAGUCAUCUCAUGGGAUGGAAUUAUUAGCAAAUGAACAUUUUAGAAGAAUUUAUAAAAAUCAGAUCCCAAUGGCCUUCUACUACAGGGAACUUACCAGGCAAAUCUACCAAGCAAAUUGUGUGGGGACUUUCUGCUUCCUUCCAGUGGUGCUUUUUCAUUAUGCCAGUAUAUGUUUGUUUUGAGACUCAAGCUCUCCACACUUCAAUUUUCCCUGCAAGCCUUACUCAUUAGGCCUUAAAUUAAAGAAAUUCUGCUCCCCCCACACACUACAUAUUUCCUAUGUUAAAGGAGCUUCUGGCUUCUCUACAGUAGCAUGACAUUUUUAUCACAAAAAAGGAAAUCGCCCUUUUUUUGGUUUUGUAUUAUAGAAAUUACAGCACCUUCUUACAGAGUUUUUAUAUAGUUUUUUUUGCCAUUUUGAUUCCUAUACACAGUAAUAAUGAUAACUUUUGCACAAUAUACCAAUCCUAAAGGCAGCUAUAAAAUGUUUACAGUUUCUAUAUUGUAAGAAGGAUCUGGAUUAUUUUAAUCAUCCCAGGCCAAACUUUCACAAAUUGUACUGAGCUGAAGUAUAUUUAUACGACAGGUUUUUGUUUUUGUUUUUGUUUUUUUGUUUUUUUGUUUUU